AUGUUCGUGACAAGCUUUUUGGCGGCUGGCUGGCUGAUGCAGGGCAUCGUAGCUACUCCGCUACCGUUUACUGAAAGGGAUGCAUUGAUUGAGAGGCCAAGCUUUGAGUUCCACCGCAGAGACCCAGUUACGAAGAGGGAUGCAACGCCGCUGGAGACAUCUUCCCACAUCCUACCCAUCCAGGGGACAAGUAUCCAAGCGCAAGGCUCAUCCGCGUUGCAAAGGUUUGUUCGCGCUGCCAGUAAUGUCACAACGCCGCUCAUAUCCGCGGAACGAGGUGGUGGCUAUGCCAUCCAGAUAGACUUCGGCGGCACAACGUUCGAGGUGGUUUUCGACACUGGCUCAAGCGACCUAUGGCUGGCCGAGACCGGAGUGCAAUGCGUCAACGCGAACGGCCGUUCCGUAACCGUGGCUCAAUGUGGCUUUGGCCCUUUGGCAGAUAGCACGUUCGAAGGUGGUAGCAUCGCUAAUGAGAACUUCAACAUCUCCUACGGCGAUGGCGAGUUCUUGAUUGGCACGCUUGGUCACGAGGAUGUCAGUAUUGCCGGGAUCACCGUGCCAAACCAGGAGGUUGCGCUGGUCAACGAAGCGUACUGGGUGGGUGACAACGUCACAUCCGGUCUCAUGGGCUUCGCCUUUCCCAGCUUGACCAGCGCCUUCCCGGGCAUCAAUCCUGCUCUGGACAACCCGAACAACACCGUGCCCUACACAAACUGGAUCUUCAAUGCCAUCGAACAAGGUCUCAUUGACCCGAUGUUCAGCUUGGCGAUCGAACGUGGAACAAAUGGCGGCGGAGGGCAACUGGCGCUUGGUGGACUACCAACAAUCCCAUUCGACCAGACUUUCACCUCGACGCCGCUGCAGAUUGUUGACUUAACGGACGAUGCGAAUGCCGCCCAAAACUUCAGCUUCUACACUAUCGUACCGGACGGCUUCUUGCUGUCGGGACAACAGCAAACAUACCGCGGUUACCGCAAUGUCAGCGAGAGUCCGGCCACGAAUUACGAUGCUAUUGUCGAUAGCGGGACAACCCUUAUGUACCUGCCGAACAACAUAGCGCAGGCGGUCAACGCCCUCUUCGACCCGCCGUCAGUCUACAUUGAAGAGGAAGGUGUCUUUGAGAAUUACUGCGAUGCCACACCGCCGACGUUCGCGAUCCGGAUCAAUGGCACGGACUUCUAUAUCAACAGCGCAGAAAUGUUGUUGACGGGUGCGGGAGGACAAGAUACCUACACCGGCGGAUGUAUAACUGGUGUGCAGCCAGGCUUCGGUGGGCCGUACAUUCUGGGUGACACCUUCUUGAAGAACGUGGUCGCUGUGUAUGACAUUGGCGCGAGCGAGAUGCGUUUCGCGCCGCAUGAGAAUCACUAGUGGGUGGACAGUUUGCGCGGCAACUUACUUAGGGGUUCUAGUCAUAGCGACGAGUAGACUGAGGAAGGCGAUGUUCAGCG